AUGCGGAAAGCUCUUGGACUGGCAGCACUCGCUGCUUCACUCACACCUGUCUUGGGUGCCGUAUUUGGUUACAACUCUGGCGCCCAAAAGCCAGGAGGCGUAAAGAACCAGGCCGACUACGAAAAUGAGUUCCGGGCCGCCAAAGCACUUCAGGGUGCCCCUGCUGGCGGGUUUAUCAGCGUUCGUCUGUUCACCAUGCUUCAAGACGAAAACGCUGGAAACAACCCCAUCGAAGCUAUCCCCGCUGCCAUCGCCACCAACAUGAGAUUGCUGCUCGGUAUGUGGGCCUCCGCUGGAUCAGCCAAGUUUGAUAGAGAACUCGAGGCUCUGGUGACCGCCGUCAACCGUUAUGGCGAUGCAUUUGUGAGGCUUGUUGACGGCAUCUCAGUGGGCAGUGAGGAUUUGUACCGGAACUCGGCCUCGGUGGAGGAAGGUUCAAAUCCGGGUGCCAACCCUCAGGUAAUUGUCAGCUACAUCCAAAAGGUUCGACAACGGCUGAGCAGCACGAAGCUGAAGGCCCCCAUCGGACACGUCGAUACGUGGACGGCUUGGGUAAACGGCUCCAAUGCAGCAGUGGUUGCUGCUUGUGACUGGGUCGGCAUGGACGCUUAUCCAUACUGGCAAUCGACGGCGCUUCCCAACAACGCUAUCGAGCAGAGCCCACGCCUCUUCCAAGAAGCUUUGGACAAGACCCGAGCAACUUCGCAAGGCAAGCCGGUAUGGAUCACCGAAACUGGGCAUCCCGUGUCCGGUAGAACCUGGGGACAGUCUGUCGCCUCGGUCGAGAAUGCCAAACGAUAUUGGAACGAGGUCGGCUGCCCAAGGUUCGGAAAAGAGCCCAUCUGGUGGUACAAGUUCCAGGGCGACCAGACUGGUGCUGAACCCAACUUUGGCAUCACUCCGGCUGGGCAGCUGACGACCAAGCCACUUUUUGAUAUUUCGUGCAAGCCGCCUGGCUCAUCAAGCCCAGUUCCGAUGCCUGUGACUACAGGCCAUGCUGGAGCUGGCGGACCUCCCACGGAGUCUUCUUCAAGUGCAGCUACCUCGAGCGGAGUUGGAAACAGCCCUGCAAGUGAUGUCUCCAGUCCACCAUUGUCCACGACUUCUGCUUUGCCAAUUCUCUCGAGUGCAGCUACCUCGAGCGGUAUCAGAAACAGCCCUAGAAGUGGUGUCUCUGGUUCGACAAUUCUCUCGAGCGCAGGUACCUCGACCGGCGUUAGAAACAACCCUAGAAGUGGUGUCUCCUCGACGACCUCUACUUCGACAAUUCUCUUGAAUAGCACCGUGUCCUCAACGUCGUCCAGUCCCGCCACGAACACCAAUGGAGCAGAUGUGACGACUGGCUCUUUCGGUGGUGUUUUCGCUGCCUUGCUGGCUGUGGUGUUUGCCGUUUGA